AUGAAGUGUCAUUACGAGGUUCUCGAAGUAAGUCGUGAUGCCGACGAUGAGACUAUCAAAAAAGCCUAUAGGAAACUUGCUUUAAAGUACUUUUCGUUGGUGCAACAAGCAUAUGACGUCCUUAGUGACCCUCAUGAAAAAGCUUGGUAUGAUCGGAAUAGGGAAGAAAUUUUAUUGGGAAGUAUGGAAGAGAAGUACAACGAAAACACUUUGAACCUAUCUCCUUUUUUUGAUGCCAGCUGCUAUGAAGGCUAUGGUGAUGAUGAUAAGGGUUUUUAUUCUGUCUACCGUCAAGUUUUCGAAGUACUUGCAAAUGAAGAGUAUGAAUUUGCCACUGAUACGGAAGUGAAGUAUCCAGGGUUCGGAGAUUCCGGAAGCGAUUAUGAAACUGUAGUGGGACCGUUUUACGGCUUUUGGCAAAGUUUUAGCACCACUCGACCUUAUUACUGGAUCAGCAAGUUUGAUAUCCGUUCAGCCAUAAAUGCGAAACAUCUGAAAUUAAUGAAGAAGGAAAACAACAAACUCAGAGAAGCAGCUAAAAAAGAAAGGAAUGAACAGUGCAGGGAAUUAGUUAAUUUUAUCAGAAAACGUGAUAAACGUGUGAAGUUGCAUAGGAAGUUGUUAGAAGAACGUCGCCUGGAACAGGAGAAGAAAACUGAGGAAAAUCGAUUGGAAAUGAUUAGGCAGAAUAUGCUGCAUUUUGGGAAACACAAAGAAGCGGAGGAAACACGUCUUGGUCAUUUAGAAGACCUUGAAGAGAUCGAAAAAGCCUUGGAGGCUGAAUUUGGAGCUGAAGGGACUGAGGAAAAAGCAGCUAAGGACGGAUAUGAUAUUUCAAAGUCUUACUGCAUUGCAUGUAAAAAGGCCUUCAAAUCGGAGAAAUCGUUUAAAAACCAUGAGCGGACAAAAAAACAUUUGGAGAAUUUGGCGGAGCUUAAAAAACAUCUCCAGGCAGAGGAUUUCCUUCUCUUAGAAGAGAGCUUAGAAAUUCAAAAUAAAGAGGAGAACAUUGAUUCAAUUGACAGUGGGCCGAAAAGAUCGAAAAAGCAAAAAAGGAAGCAAAAAAAGAAAAUUGAGUUGGAUACCACUAGUGAAAGCGAUAGCGGGAGUUGUAAAGACGUUGGAGCUUCUGCUAGCGUAAAACCUUUUGACGCUGAGGAAACAGUAAGCAAAAACGAUGCGGCACCGGCAGAUUUGCAGAGUGGUGGAGCAGAAAUUGUUCCAACUGUUUUAAAAAUUGAUGAGGAUGCCAGCCGAAAAAGUAAGAAAGCGAAGAGUAAGGAGAAUAAAAACGAGCCCACACAGAAAUCACUUGAGACUGGUCCGAAAGUGGGCGUUUGUGACAGGUGUGGCGAGACCUUCAGUUCCAGAACUAAACUAUUUCAGCAUUUAGAUGAAAGCGGUCAUGCCACUAUAAAACCGAGCAUAAUAACGAAACAAGGUAAAGCAAAAAAAAAAGGGAAACGUUGA